CACUCGCGCCCCUACAUGGCGUCGCUGGAGCUGUUCCCCAGCAACCACUUCUGCGGGGGGACCUUGAUCCACCCGCGCUUCGUGCUGACCGCAGCCCACUGCCUGAACAACGUCGAGGCGCACAGCCUGCAGACCUCCGAGCCCACCGAGCAGAGGUUCAGCAUCAGCCGCCUGUUUGAGAACAACUACGACCCACAGGAGAAGCCGAAUGACGUCCUCCUCCUGCAGCUGGACCGCCCGGCCACCCUCAACCCCCAGGUUGCGGUGGCCCAGCUCCCCCAGCAGAAUCAGCUGCUGCCCCACGGCACCCAGUGCCUGGCCGUGGGCUGGGGCCGCCUGGGCACUGAGCCGCUGCCCCAGGUCCUGUAGGAGCUCAACGUCACCGUGGUCACUUUCCUGUGCCGGCCACAGAACGUGUGCACCUUUGUGCCCCGACGCAGCGCUGGCAUCUGUUUUGGAGACUCGGGCGGCCCCUUGAUCUGCGACGGUGUCAUCCAGGGCAUGGACUCCUUUGUGAUCCAGGGACGCGCCACCCGCCAGUACCCGGACUUCUUUGCUCGCGUCUCCCUCUACGUAGACUGGAUCUGCUCAGUGCUGAGCAACGCGGGGGGCGAGGACGGCCCCUGA